UAAGGAUAUAACUCCUCCCUUCUGAGACUAUUGAAUUACGAAUGCCAACAACUUGCCGUUUGGUGCUUUGAUUCAUUUAUCGACUACGUUGGACGUUGUAUUGUAUUUCUAGUUCUUUUUAGUUAUCAUAUCGGGGGGUUUAUUUAUUAAUCUCGACUAUAACCAAAAGAAGAAAUGGCUCAGCAGUUUGUCGAGACUACAGUUAAGGGAGACAAAGUGGUGAUGUUUAUGAAGCCAACGUGCUCGUAUUGCAUUAUGGCCAAAGAUGUUUUGUCCAAAUACAAAUUUAAACCAGGACAUUUAGAAUGUAUUGACAUCAGUAAACGCAGCGACAUGGCCAAAAUGCAAGACUAUUUCCUGGAGAUCACUGGUGCUCGCACGGUGCCACGGGUGUUUAUCGGCGAUGAUUGCGUGGGCGGGGGCAGUGACUUGGCAGAACUGGAUCAGAGUGGCAAACUGCAAGGCAUGCUUCAAACUAUUGGAGCGCUUCAGUGACGUAUCACUGCCAGCGCAAGGGUGUGUGUGUGUCGGAGGGGGCCGUCACAUGACCGUGCAGCGGGACUUGCGUAGCUUGCGUCUCCUCUGCUGGUACUCGCUGAGCUCCUGCAGGUAUCCCCGGGACGGCCAACGCAACCUCUCCACAUGGUCCCUCUCCUCUUCUGGAACGCACACACGCACACAACCAACACACGCAAGCACAUGCAUGAUGACACAAACGAAGACGUAUAGAAACACGCACAUGGGGACACGCACACAUGCACGGGCAUUGAUGAACACGGACAUGGCAGCCCUCGACACUAAUGCUUAAUGUCUAUUAAUCGCUGAGCACACAAACCUACGCUGUCUCGCCUUGUAUAACUGUCUACACGGCAACAGUGUCUGUGUCACGCUUGAUGAAGUCUUCUUUUUUUACAAACUACGAAUGAAUUAUUCUUCUUUCUCAUUUGGUUGUCCAGCUGAAUCCUUUUCUUUACUCGUGCCUUUAACGACCGUCCAAUGGAUCCUAAACAAGUUCCCUGUGUGUGACUAAAGAUGACAAUAAACGCUUUCCAUCACAAA